AAGAGAGAGAAAAGAGACGAAAUUAAAGCGCCUCUCUCCCUCUAUCUCUCUCUCUCUUCUUUUAAUUUUUUUUUCCUUUUUAUUCUUUGGCCUGUUCAUCCCAUCAUUCGCAAACAAAGGUCGUCAUAGACCCAUCGCUUCAAAUUUGAUUUUUCUCUGCAAAUUCCAACUACCCAAAACAGAGUGUGAGAGCAGUAGAGACCAAAUUUAGUGGGUUUUUGUGCUUCAGAUCUUGUUCUAAAACACUAUGAAAUCUGAGAUGGGUUCUCUUAUAUUCAGUCGAAAGCAAUAAAAACGGGAUACGUUUGGAUUACCGUAUCAGAUUCGGACUCUUAGUUUGGCUUCUCUGAUCUGGGUUUUUUCUCUGUUCUUCAGUUUCUUCAGCAUUUGGGUGGUUUUGGUGGGAAUGAGAUCAAGAAUCAGGCAUUCUUGCUGUUUCUAAGAGUGAAGAAAUCGAUGGAAAAAGAUCAAGAGCUGAAGCAUGUAUGCAAGUUCUGUAGGAAGAGCUUCCCCUGCGGAAGGUCCUUGGGAGGUCACAUGAGGUCACAUGUCACCAUUAAUUCAGCUGAAACAGAAGAGAAGGUCAUCAGCAAGAGGAACGCUGCUUCCGCUUCGGCUAAUGGUGGAAGCAAAAUUAGGAGCAGCUUCGUGGGAUUCGAAGCUGGUGGUCAUCCUGGUUAUGGUCUCAGAGAGAACCCGAAGAAGACUUGGAGACUUUCGGAUCCGAACGAUGAUGAAAUGGUUAGGCAAGGCAAGACUUGUAAAGAAUGUGGUAAAGAAUUUCUGUCAUGGAAAGCUCUGUUUGGUCACAUGAGAUGCCACUCUGAGAAGGAGAAGGAGAGGGUCUCCAACAAUAGCUUGGAGGAUGAUUCAUGGACUGGUGAGAACCAGAAUCUGGUUAUGGACAGCCAAUCUGACAACGAUGGUACUGCUCCCAAGCGUAGGAGACGAUCGAGAAGAAUGAGGAACAAGAAUACUACUUCUGUUUUGGAGUUUGAACAAGAACAAGAAGAGGUAGCCUUGUGUUUGAUGAUGUUGUCUAGAGAUGUGGGUGAAUGGGGUGGACUGAAUUCUGUUGCAGAGUCGUCCGAUACAAAUUCUGUGGUUUUAGAAGCUCUAACUAGAUCGUCAGCUCUGGAUAAGCGAAUUCCUGGAAAGGGAGGUAGAGAUUUUGACUGUGAUGAUGGGAAUGAAACUCUCCAGAGUCUGAAGAUGAAGAAACCAAGAGACAAGAAGAAGCAAGAAUCCGUAAUUUCCUAUUCUGAGAAUUUUCAGUUUGAGAAGAGAAGAUCUGAAUUUAGGGGUACUGAUCCUGGGUUCUUGAGGGUUGGCCUCAAGAAGGUUGAAUCUGAAGUUUCUGUCCAUGGGUUUCUCAGAGAAGAUGAAGCUGAAUUGGGGAAGGAUUUCUCCAGUAACAAGAAGCAAAACCAUAAGAAGAGUACAUUGGAGUAUUCUGAAGCUGAAUUGGGCAAAGACUGCAUUGAAGAAGCUGAAAUGGAUCAAGUUGAUUCAGAGCUCGGAAUGAAGUAUACUUCAAGAAAGAGAAGCAAAAGUGAAGCGUACUAUACUGAAUUGGGGGGAAAUUCCAGCAGGAAAAUGAGGUAUGAUGCUUCACAUUCUGAAAUCUGUAGGGAAACUCAAAGGAGAAGCAGGUUUGAGUGUACUACUUGCAACAAGACUUUCCAUUCUUACCAGGCUCUUGGAGGACACAGAGCCAGCCACAAGAAGGUCAAAGGAUGCUUCACUUUGAGGAUUGAAAACAGUGAAAACAGCAUUGAGACAGAUGGUUCUCCUGAUCCAACAGCUGAUAGUAAGCUUAAUAGGUCUUGCAGCAAUGAGACUCCAGUUGAGGAGCAGGAGCAGGAAGGAGUUGGCGGCAUUGCAGAGACAAGUUAUGGAUCAAAGAAGAGCAAGGGACAUGAGUGCCCAAUUUGCUUCAAGGUUUUUGCAUCAGGUCAAGCCUUAGGUGGCCACAAGAGAUCCCAUUUGGUUGGGGGCUCUGAAUCCGGAGCCAGUCAGAUCAAUGUAAUUCAGCAACAGCUUCCUGAGGUUCGUGAUCUGCUCGAUCUUAACCUCCCUGCUCCUAAUGAAGAAGAAACAACGAGUGGCCAAAUGGACUUCAAUCCAUGGUGGGCCAGAAACAACCCAAAGCAUGAACCUCUGGUGGGUCUGAUCUCUAACUGAGAAACCUGAUUUUGGGUAUUGUUCAUAUGAAGAUCCAAGAGUGUACAGACAGGUUGGUGAAUAUUAUUUCAUUAAUUCUUUAGAGAUUCAAGGACAUUCUCUAUAAAGGUAGCUGUUCCAUUUUCUGCUUAAAACUUCUAAGCAGCAGUUUUUCUUAGGCCAGCUCUUAAAGCUUUCCUUUCCUCCUCCCUUCCAGUCUGAAUAAAUUUCUAUUGUUGCUCACUUCAGGAUUAUCAAUCUGUUCAUUUUGAAACUUAAAUGCUAUAAUUCAAUUUUAUAAGCUGAGAUUAAACUCCA